CCGAAAAAGAGAGCCUAAACGAGAGAGCCUGAAAGACACAAAAAGCAGCGUUUUGUGUUUUGGUUUCUCCACCACACACACACUCUCUCUCUAGGGCUUCGUGUUCUCUCUCCACAGCUGCAGGAAGAGGAAGAAGAAGAGGAAGGCUAGGGUUCUCAGAGAUCUACCAAGGGCUUGUGGGAUUCUAGGGGCUGUGUGGCUGGGGGCGAGAGUCGGAGGUAUCCUGAUCUGUGAAGCGGUGCGUUUUUGGGGAAAGGAGGAGAGGAAGAGCAUGGAUUCGGUCCCUUCGAACGCGCAUGGGAACCUGGACGAGCAGAUUUCGCAGCUCAUGCAGUGCAAGCCCUUGUCCGAGCAGGAGGUAAGGGUGCUGUGUGAUAAGGCUAAGGAGAUAUUAAUGGAAGAAAGCAAUGUCCAGCCUGUUAAAAGCCCUGUUACAAUUUGUGGCGAUAUUCAUGGGCAGUUCCAUGACCUUGCAGAGCUUUUUCGCAUUGGAGGGAAGUGUCCAGAUACAAAUUACUUGUUUAUGGGAGAUUAUGUUGAUCGUGGCUACUACUCAGUUGAAACUGUAACUCUUCUGGUGGCCUUGAAAGUGCGUUAUUCUCAACGUAUUACUAUUCUGAGAGGAAACCACGAAAGCCGUCAGAUUACUCAAGUUUAUGGGUUCUAUGAUGAGUGCCUGCGGAAGUAUGGUAACGCCAAUGUUUGGAAGAUCUUUACAGAUUUGUUUGACUAUUUUCCGCUGACAGCAUUGGUUGAAUCUGAAAUAUUUUGUCUGCAUGGUGGAUUGUCCCCUUCCAUUGAAACCCUUGAUAACAUUCGUAAUUUUGACCGUGUUCAAGAAGUUCCUCAUGAGGGCCCCAUGUGUGAUCUUUUAUGGUCUGACCCAGAUGAUCGUUGUGGUUGGGGUAUCUCACCCAGGGGUGCUGGAUACACGUUUGGCCAGGACAUAUCUGAGCAGUUUAACCAAACCAAUAACCUAAAGUUGAUUGCUAGAGCUCACCAGCUGGUUAUGGAGGGAUAUAACUGGGGUCACGAACAAAAAGUGGUUACCAUAUUUAGUGCACCUAAUUAUUGUUAUCGCUGUGGAAACAUGGCGUCCAUCCUGGAAGUUGAUGACUGCAAGGGCCACACAUUCAUUCAGUUUGAGCCUGCUCCAAGGAGGGGAGAACCUGAUGUAACCCGGAGAACACCUGAUUACUUCCUAUGAUGCAGCGGUCAAGUAGUUGCUGAAUUGGCAGCGGCUAGUGCCUGCUAGCUGGUUCACGUUGAUGAGGGAUUCUAUGGUGGUUGGGAGGUUAAAAACAUGUAAAAUGUGCAGGUGGGGUUUACUGUGAUUACUCAUUUGAUUAUGCUUUCAGUUUCCAGAGAGGAAGAAGCAGAGGUGGUAACGCUGAAGCAGCAUAUGUACCAAUUCCAGUGAACAAUAUGGCAUCUUUUAUUUCUUAGCACUGAUAUUCCUUUUUCUUUGUCCCCAUUUUUUCCCCUCUUUUCUGUAGAAGGAUGGUGGUUUUGGUUAAGGGUAUGUAGAGGGAUGAUGAGUAAACUUUUCAUAUAAUGGGUGUUUUUAUAAUUUUUCCUGUUAGUCUGCGUUAAAUGUUUUCUUCAAUAGGCGCUUUCCUCUUGUAUUUUGAGUACUCAUAAUUGAACGUUCGAAGAGUAGUUGCUUUCUCUUAAUCUAUUUUUCUUCUCUUUUUCACA